CGCGGGGCCGCGCAGAGCGCCCGGGGCCGCCGCCAUGAGCAGCGCGGAGCCGCCGCUCGGGGCCGGGCCGCGGGCUCAGCCCGCCUGGAAGCGGGAGAUCCUGGAGCGCAAGCGGGCGAAGCUGGCCGGGGCGGCGGGCGGCGAGGCGGAGCCGGCGGGCGGGGAGCAGCUGGUGGUGGCGGAGAGCCUGGGCCCGCUCCGCGAGAACCCCUUCAUGCGGCUGGAGAGCGAGCGGCGGCGGCUGCGGCAGGGGCUGCCCGGGCACGGCCCCGCGGCGGCGCGGCCGCUGCAGCAGCUGCUGGAGCUGUACAGCGCCGUGCCCGGCAUCCGCACCAUCCGCGCCGACAACAUCCUCAUCAUCGAGUCCCAGCCGGACGCCGCCGCCUGCUUCGCCGAGGGGGCCGCGCUGCCCGGGCGCCGCCGGGACGCGCCUGCCGGCCCCGACCCGCUGCGGGAGCUGCUGGCCCGGCGCGGCGCCGCGCUGGCCGAGAUCCGCGCCGACCAGGUGGUGAUCUACGAGGCGGCCGAGCCGCCCGAGGCCGCCGAGCCCGGCACCGUCAGCCGCCUGCUGGAGAAGUUCGGGCAGCGGCCGCGGGGCCGUCGACGCCGCGGCGGGGACACCCCGAGCGGGCCCGGCGGGCCGGCUGCCCCUCCGCAGGUGGGACCGGACUCCCCCCGCGCCGCCGCAGCGCCCCCGCGCCGGCCCGGCUCCCCGCGGGCCUCGGCCCCCAAGGCGAGGCCGGCAUCUCCGCAGCCGGCACCGGCCGCCCCCCGGCCUGUCAAGCCCCAGCCCGUGUCCCCAACUCUCCCCCGGGCUGCCACCCCCCAGCCCGCAGCCCCCCAGGCAGCCCCGGCCGCCCCCAAGGCCGCAGCCCCCCAGGCAGCCCCGGUUGCCCCCAAGGCCGCAGCCCCCCAGGCAGCCCCGGCCGCCCCCAAGGCCGCAGCCCCCCCGGCCAACUGCUUUCUCCACAAGAUCGGCUCCAACUCCUUCACCGUCACCCCCCGGGGGCUGCCCCCCGGCAGCCGCCUCCCCGAGCCCGGCGCCGUCCCCGCGGCGGCCAAGGGGCCCCCAGUGCCACCAGUGCCACCCGCCAGCGCUGCCCACGCCAGAGCCAGCGCCAGGAGGCCAAAGCUGGAGGAGGCCGAAGCGGCCGCCCUGCCCCAGCCCAGUGCCAGUCCGGCCCCCAGUGCCAGCCUGGCCCCCAGUGCCACCGGCUCCAGCCAGCCGCUCUCCGCCUCAGCCCCCCGGGCUGGGACCUCCUUCCAGAUCCUUCCGGCCCCCAAGCCUGACUUGGCUGCCAUUCCAGCCCAUGACCUGCAAGCCCAGGCCCUGGCCAAGCUGCGCCUGAAUUCACGCAAUUCCUUCCUCUUCGUGCCCCGCCGGGAGGGCAGCCCGGCUCUGCCCCCGGCCCCCAGCGCCAGGCCGGCCCCGCCACCUGCCCCGCAGGAGAAGGCACCGAAGGAGCCCCCGAGGGCUUCUGCCCCGCAGCAGGAAGAGCCUGCCACCUCCCCGCCAGCACCUCUGGAUCCGCUGGUGCCUGUGACUUACAUCGAUGACAUUGUGGAGCUGGACAAUGGGGAGCUUUCCCCCAGGGCUGGCUCGGCUGCGAGGACGGGGAGCUUGGCAGAUCAGCCUGGAGGAGCUGGACCUGACCUGGACAUGGAGACCUCCUCCGUGCCCGUCUACAGACCACACUCUGUCCCCCAUCAGAGAGGAGGCAGCACCUUCACUGUCAUGCCCAAAAGGAAGCCCUCGGGGCUGCAGACUCUUGCUGAUGCCAGAGGAAGGCUGCAGCGGGAGGAAGAGGAGGAGGAGGAGGAAGAGAGCAAAGGAAAAGGCAAAGCUGUGGAGAAUGCUGCUGGGCCCCCAGCAGGGAUGUCCCAUAAAAAGCGCUACCCCACGGUGAAUGAGAUCGAAGUCAUUGGGGGCUACCUGUCCCUGGAGAGGUCCUGCAUGAGCAAGGCGGGCUCCCGCCGCAAGAAGAUGAAGAUCUCUUUCAAUGAGACAAGUUUGCAGACCAUGUUUGAAUAUCCAUCAGAGAGCUCGCUGGCAGAAGAGGAAGAGGAAGGACAUGCUUCUGAAACAGAGGAGGACAAAUCUCGCACCUUUUACAUUCCGCGUCCAAAUAGCACUUUGCAUCCCAGUACACCUAACUCAGAUUUAUCCAGCUACACCCCAAAGCACUCUGUGAAGUUCAGUGAGUGGCAGGAGCAGAAGUAUGAGGAGAUGCCUGCUGUGGAGGGAUCCCUCCCAAAGGAAGCUGAUUCCCAUGGGAACCAAGAGAUGCUCACCCCAGCCGAGAAGGGCGGGCUCUCUGAUUUCAGCAGCGAACCCGCUCUCUACUUCUGAUGCUCCAUCCCCUGGUCUGCAGCAGCAGCUGCUGGGCGGGAUGUGACAGUGCAGCUUCCCAACCUCCCUGCAAGCUCCACAGAAAGAAGCUUCUGGGUCCCUCCCUCACCACGGUUUUCAUUGGAUCCUGAUGCCAAGGAUGGACUAGAUGCUAUUGGGCAUCUUCGGAGAAUAUUUGCACUGGAUUCUGGGACCUGACUACUAGUUUUAAGGCAUAUAUGGUUUUUAUUCUGCCUGUGGCCUUAUAUAUUCCUUGUUCAAGAUCAGCUGCUGAUGAGGCAAGCAUCAUAAGAAUGGAUCUGUAAUCCUGGGAUGGAGGUAGAUUCUCUCAGUGCUUGUCUGAGUCCACUCAUCCAGGUACUCGGCAGGGUCUGGACAGCUUCUGUAACUCCUCUCCCACCAGAAGCCCCAGUGAAGAACAGCUCUGGAGUUGGAGCACUGGGAGUAUCUGUGCAGUCAGCUGGAUUCCCAGAGGUGGUUGUGAUUUGACAGCUAGAUUGGGUGUCAUUUUGGACUGUUGUGGUUUGUGGUUUGUUCUCAGCAUGUUUCUGGGUCUAGUUUCACUGAACCAUCAUGGGUGUGCCAGUUAAGUUCUUGUGAAGGAAGCUGAACCCACUGUGUGAGGGGUGGGAGGGAAACACAUGCCUUUAGCUUUAGGUGUCAUUUUUGCACUGAUCUUUAAACAGAGUUGUCCAGACUGGCUUGAUCCUCUUGAAGUUUCCCAAACAUUGGCCAUAGCUUUGAUGUGUCCAUCCCCAGUCCUGGCAUUGGGUCUCUGCUGGUUGUGCUUCAGUUUGCCAGUUCCUCCUGUGGCUUCGUUCCAGCAUCUGAUGGUGGCCAGGACCAAGAUUUCCCUGUCUUGGUUGGCAGGGAGGCUUCCUUCAGGCCACACUCGCUCUGCUCCUCUCAUGCAAAGCACAGGAGGGCCAUUUCACUCCUUUCUUCUGCAGAACUUGAACAAGGAAUAUAGUAUUUUUUUUUUCUAGGAUUUUUAUAGUUCUGUUGUAAUUGUUUAAUGCAGCCAAUAUGCAAAGGAAUCUGCUAGACUGUUCCAUUUACGUUUUCUACUACUGUAAACUCAGGGUCAAAAUUGCACUCUGGAGAAGACAGAACGCUGCUGCUAAUGUGAUUUGUACUUCUGGGAUUAAAAGAGAUGCAGUUGGAAUAGAGAA